AUGUUCUGCAAGUGCAAGUGCACCGCCGCCACGGGCGACGAAACAAAGUAAAAAAUCUAAAAAUCAGUCCGAGUCUGUUCAAGAAUUUAAUGUUGACGAACUUAAAAGUCAAUUGGGCAUAGACAAAAUCUUGCAAUCCCUUUCUUCGCUGACAGAUACUGUAAAACAGUUGGGUCUUUCUAAUUCUACGGCGCGUAAUACGUGCAAUGAAAAUAUUGGCAUGCGGUCCACCGAAUCUACGGUGCACACUUCGGGUAAUAAUUCUCCCGGUAAUUUUACACAAUCUAUGCCUAACAGACCGCUGAGAAACUUGGUUAACAUACCUGAUUAUGAUUCUCGUCAAACUUUUGAUGAAACCCCUGAUGACUUUGACUUUGAUUUUUCUUAUUUGAAUGGUCAAGUUUCUCCUUCUAUUGAAGGUGUUGAUACUCAAGAAACAUUUAAGGGGAUCUUAAAUGAUGAAUCAAUUCAGAUUACAAUUGAUAACAGUACUAGCAGUAAUGACUGGGAUAUCCCACAGUUAAAUGCAAAUGAGAAAACUGGUCCAAACGUAAAUGAAGCACUGGGAAAAGCUGUAAAUGCAGCGAUCUCUAUUAAAACUAGCAAAGAAAGUAUGGUAGAAUUGGAGAAAAAAUAUGACAGACCAGAUAGUUGUAAUCUAUUGAAAGUACCCCGAGUCAAUAAGGAAAUUUGGGAUGCAAUGAAUAAGCAAGCCCAUUCAGAGGAUCUCACUUUACAAGUGAUUCAAAAAUCUUUAGCCACGGGUAUAAUACCUUUAGUACAGAUGGCUGAUAUGUUUGUCAAUAAAAAAGAACUUGACCCCCAAACUUGUAAAAAGAUGUUGGCAGAUUCUAUAAGUAUGCUUGGCAAUGCUUUUUACAACCUCUCAAUGAAAAGAAGAAAUGAAAUUAAAAAUGUUUUAAAUUUUCGAUAUCGAAAAAUUGCUUUCUCUGAGAUUCCAGUAACAGAUUUUUUGUUUGGAGACAAUUGUGUCUCUAAACUUAAAGAAAUGGGAGACAUUACCAAGCAACCAAUUGGAAUGAAAUCAAGUUAUGAUACAAAAUUCAAAAAUGUUAAUCAAACAAAAAACUACAUGUCAACCCAGGGGUAUCAACCUCUCACAAACCAGUACAGAGGCAGAAACCGCCAGUACAUGUAUGCAUAUCCUUCCCAGAGAGGCAGAGGUCAAAGGGGUCAGUACAAAGGCAUAAUGAAGAAAACAUACAGUUACAGCAAGUAA